CUCGUCUUCCAACCCUGCAAAUUCGGAGAGCAGUCGCGUAAAAGACUGCAAGCGAGUGAGGCAGACGUGGACACGGACAUUAUUUCAUCGUAACAAAUGCAACCUAACGGAAACAUGAGCUGAUUGUAUCUGAGGCGAUUUUUGCACAACAGGAAAAUGACGUUCCUUACAUUUCACGGCACUCACUUGAGGCACGGGAUAAGGCAUUCAGAGCUUUUGAGAAAAGUGUUACGGGCAGUGCAGUGGGACCAGACUUGUCGACACAAAACAACUGCUCCCAAGAACUUCACUGAUUACGAGUCACUUAGGCACCUCUACAGCCCCAGUGUUCCUGAACACUUCAACUUCGCCAGAGACGUUCUCGACGUUUGGGAAGCUAAAGAAAAGAGUGGAGAAAAGACAGCUAACCCCGCUCUGUGGUGGGUGAACGACAGCGAAGAUGAAAUCAAGUGGAGUUUUGAGGAACUGGGGUUCCAUUCCAGGAGACUAGCCAACGUUCUGUCAGGAGAAUGCGGUUUGCAGCGAGGCGACAGAGUUCUCCUCAUACUGCCCAGAGUUCCAGAAUGGUGGCUCGUGAACGUGGCGUGUUUAAGAGCGGGUGCUGUGCUCAUCCCGGGAACAGCUCAGCUGACCGCCGGCGACGUCCUGCACCGACUGCAGACGUCCGGAGCGAAGUGUGUUAUAACUGAUGAGGCUCUGGCUCCUGUGCUGGAUGCGGUGGCUCCGGAAUGUUCCUCGCUGAAAUGCAAGCUCCUCGUGUCCGGCAGGAAGAGAGAGGGAUGGAUGAGCUUCGGGGACCUCAUGAGGAAUGCUUCGGGGAACCAUGUUUGUGUAAACACGCGAAGCGAUGAAGCCAUGACCAUCUUCUUCACCAGCGGCACCACAGGCUCUCCAAAGAUGACCCAGCACAGUCACUGCAGCUUCGGCCUGGGCCUGGAGGUCAACGGCAGGUACUGGCUGGACCUGACGGAGAAUGACGUGUUUUGGAACACGUCAGACACAGGCUGGGCUAAGUCGGCGUGGAGCAGUGUGUUCGCUGCGUGGAUCCAGGGGGCCUGUGUGUUCGUUAGCCACAUGCCCCGAUUUCAGACUUCCACUGUUCUACAGACACUCUCAAAUUAUCCCAUAAGCACCUUCUGCUCUGCACCUACUGUUUACCGCAUGCUGGUACGAGAAGACAUGUCAAGGUUCCGUUUCCAGGCUCUAGAACACUGUUUGUCUGCAGGAGAACCCAUCAACCCUGAGGUUAUGGCAAAGUGGAAAGAACUGACAGGACUGGACAUUUAUGAAGGAUACGGCCAAACCGAGACAGUUUUGAUAGCUGGAACUUUUAAAGGUAUGCAGAUCAAACCAGGUUCCUUUGGCAAAGCAUCGCCUGCAUACGAUGUCCAGGUGGUUGAUGACGAUGGCGUCGUAUUGCCUCCGGGGACGGAGGGAAAUCUGGCGAUCAGAGUGAAACCACGCAAGCCUUUUGCCCUUUUCACCGAGUAUACGGGAGAGCCGGAGCGGACAGCAGAGUGUUACCGUGGCGAUUUCUACCUGACAGGAGACAGAGGAGUGAUGGACGAGGAUGGUUACCUGUGGUUUGUGGGCAGGGCUGAUGAUGUCAUCCUCUCUGCAGGGUACCGGAUUGGUCCGUUUGAGGUGGAGAACGCUUUGAUUGAGCACCCAGCGGUUGCAGAGUCUGCCGUAGUCAGCAGCCCAGACCCUGUGAGAGGAGAGGUAGUGAAGGCGUUUGUUGUCCUGACUGCGGGCUUUAAAUCCAGAGAGCAGGAGGAGCUGAUCAAAGAACUGCAAACACACGUGAAGAGAGUCACCGCGCCAUAUAAAUAUCCACGCAAGAUUGAAUUUGUGGACCAGCUGCCUAAAACAGUGAGUGGUAAAAUCCGGAGAGUGGAGCUUAGGAAGAAAGAAUGGGCAAAGUCUUAAAUGUCUCUUAUUUGAAGGCAACACAUCAUCUAUGACAGUCUUCACACACCACAAUCAGUCACCAGUUACCAAAGGAACUGAAGACUGGUGACCAGUUACCAUAUGAACUGAAGACUGGUUUUCACAUUUUACCUUUGCUCUAUUAUUAUCAAUCCAUAACACAAACACAUCAGAGUUCUAAUCAACUACACAGACACAGAAUGACUUUUUUUUUUAUGGAAUGAGAUGUAAUCCCAGUGUACACCUGUAGUGGGAGGCAUUCCACAAUAUUUAUAUUUGGUCCUUAACUCAGAUCCAGGAUAAGCCGUCUAAACCGUCUUAAGCCAUCCUCUCUUAAUGUGAACUUUCAUACGUAACACACUGAUAUUCAUCAGAUCAGCAGACAGAAGCAUUUAUUGCAGUUGGACAAUAACACACCGGUGUGGCUCACGUUAUGUGCAUGUUACUAACCCGUUUGUAUUUGCCCCAUCAGCUGGUCUUUUCUCUCUUUUUUAUCAUAUUUCUGAAGGAAAACGUAUGAUUUAAAUGUGACUUUUUUUAACACAUGUACAUUUUUUACUCCUAGCUCUUGAAAUUGCAUGUAAAUUCUGCGCAAUGAAUCAGGAGAAUAAAAGAUUAA